AUUAAUAAUAAUAUUUCGUUAGUUUACCAUACUUACAUAUAUGUAUUGUACUUAUAUCUAAAACAUUUUUAUAUACUUUCCUAUUUACAUACGUGUGUCUUAAGUUUGUACCAGUCGAAAAGUAAAUGCUAGGAAAUUGGGUUUUGGUUUAAUGUAUGGUGAUUAUUUUUGUACAAUAUAUUCAGUUACUCAUAUUGGCAUAGACACAUGCAUAUAUACAUACAUACAUAUGUAUUAGUGUGUAACAUAAACUAUAUUUUCAAUCCGUUUCUAAUUAUCGGCUUAUAUAAUAAAUGCAUACAUUACAUUCGAAUAAACCUCAAUAUGAGCGCGGAAAAAUUUGCUUUGAUUGAAAAUUUAGUGAAAAUAUCUCCUAAUUUGUUCAUACACGCAUUCACUAUUUACUCGUAUAAUUUUGAAAUGGUGAGCUUGGAAUUCAUAAUCGUGUCAUGAUUUGUCCGCAAACAGCAUCAUAAAUAACUCAAUUAACAACACCAGCUCCUAAGCAAGAAUAAAAUAAAAAUUUCAAAAUCCUUCGAUAAAUACGUACAUUCAAUCAAAGCCUAAAUUGCUGGCCACGAAGUAAUUGAACCGCCAUCCAAUUACUUCAUUACCACAAUUAUGACUCGCUUGUGAAUAAGACUACUAAUUUGGUUGGCGGAAAUGUUAUGAAGAAUUACGAACUUUUAAGUAUGGAUAAAUAAUAGUAAUUUUUGAUAUUAUCUUGCUCACUUAUAUAAAUGAACUUUUAAUAAUAUAAUAAAAUAAAAUAUUUUCUGAAAUUGCAAUGUUUUAUAUCAAUUCUGGACUUUUAUGUAUUUUUUUUUUUGUUACUUUUUAAACACUAACGUUUUCUACAUUAACGACAUUAAAUACAAUACGUACAAGAAAACAUACUUAGUUGCACGCGUUGAAGGAAAAACUUUGAAAGUUUUAUAGAACUUCAUUGACGAACAUAAAAUGGACGUAAAGUGAAACUGUUGGUGCCGAUGAAUGGUUACUCAUACAUACUAUAUAUUUGGUUAAAAUUUAGUGCAUUUGUUUCCAUUUAUAUAUUUUUAUUUUAUUUUUGAAUCUCACUAAAAAUAUACUUCUUUUAUUUAACGGGUUGUUGCUAAAUAUAGAAACGCUUUAACUUUUCUCUCAGUGUAAUGUAACGUCCAACACACUGAAUCUAAUACCAGUUAUGGGAGUGUACUCGUAUUUACGUUUAUUAGCUGGGUAUGGCUUUUUGUUGCAGCAAACAAGGCGUCUAGCGUCUAGCGUCUAGCGCAUUUAUUUCCUACAUCUAAACAAAAUAAAAAAAUCAUAAAUAUAUAAAUAAAAUAUAAAAAAAAAAAAUAAAACAAAAAAGUAACACUGGAAAACAAAAGAAAAAAAAACAAAAAAAAAAAUAAUAUUGUAUGUCUUCUCUCUCUGUGUGUGUGUAAUUUGCUGAUGGUGAUGUAACGGUGAUGUAACGGUAAUGUUAUAUAUAACACAUCUGAGCUGUGUGCCUGUGUUGGGAACACCAUUUGGACCAUUUUCGCCUUUUGGAACACCAACACCAUUACUAGCGUCGACUCAUUCACAUUCACGUUCCCCACAUCAUCCGCGUAGCCCGUUGUCGCAUCAUCAUCCCCAACAUCCAGGGACGCAAGCAGCUUUUUUCCCACCUCCAUUUCUAUACUGGUCAUAUCCUAGCCCGCCAGUAUCACCGACUGCAUAUUACGGUCAACCACCGACGCAUACCACAACAACAUUGGCUGGAAACCUUACAGCCACGCCACAUCAAGCUAUGUACUCUCUAGACUUUUUGCCAGCGGUGCCGCCAUCAGCCAUUAGUCCGCCAAGCGUAGCAAUACCCUCGCCAAGUUCUUAUAUUCCACCUAAGCAAUAUUCAGCUCAACCGGCGCCAGUUGUUUCUAAUCCGGUUAGUGCGGCUACAGGUGGUAGUGGGACAGGCCGAAGUGGUGCUAGUGGUUUGUCGCCAUACCAUAACAAAAUGUCCCUGUCACUGCCAGUGUCUCAACAACCGACCACAAAUAUAUACCACUAUAACGGUCCAACAACAGUGAGUGGCUCUGCACAGCCGGCUUUACUAUCCUUGCCCCCUACAGCCGCGAAUGGAUCUAUUCAAUUAGCCCGAUCGCCGAUAUUGGGUGCUCCAACCGCGAUUGCGACGGGCUUAACUGUACCUAAAACAACACCGCUCACUGUUGAUACAAACCAACAUGAAACACGAGUAACUGUCUCAAAAACGACACCAUCAGCUAACAAACCAACUAAUAAAAUUCCUUUUAGUCGAGAUGUAAGCGCUGGUAAAGUGGGAGUGGUGCCUAACUCUUGUAUGGAGCUUUAUAUUGCUUAGAACUUUAUUGCACAUACAAGUCUACAUAUGUAUAUGGUUAUACGCGAAAAGAGAAUUUAUACAUUUGUAUAUGUAUGUGUGUAUGUGCUGUUGAAGAAAGGAGAUUUACUAAGCAUAAGCAAAAGAACAUAUUUAUUAUUAUUAUUUUAAUCACUAGAAAAUUGAUAAUUCUUGCCAAUUUAUCUAAAUUUAUAAUUACAAGAAAAAUGUACAAAUAACAGAGAGCAGGUGCAACUCGCCACAAAACCAAGCUUCCGUUAAUUGCCUUUUCCCAAAGCACCAAUUAGACUUAUCAUUUAUAAGUUUGCAAGUAUGUGUGAGCUUUUGCAACUUAAAUGCUGAUUGAAUCAAUCACAUUUAAAGAAAUCUCGAAUUUUAGUAAAAUUAGACUUACAUAAAUAUGAUAUAAUAAAAUUUAUGUUUAUCACACCAAAUUACUUACGAUUUUAAACCAGCUUUAAGCACAUAUUGAUCUUACGUUCGAUGUAUUAGAUGAAAUACUGAAACAAAUAUGCCUCUAAUUCAUGUCCUAAAGGCAAUGCGGUAGUUGUAAUUCUUUAGAAUGUAAGUACCCGGUUUAAAUGAGAGAAGUAUUGGG